AUAUGAGUAUGAACGUACAGGUCAUACACAUGUUGUUAUUAAAUUUAUAUAUUUAUGUAUGUACAGAUUCUUGAUGAAAUAUCUAAUAAUCAAAAAAAGGUCAAUAGUAAAGUUUAAUUAGUUUAAUUGAUUUUAACUUAUACAAAAUAUAUUAUUUUACAUGAAAUUAUUACAUCCAUUAUUGUAUAAUGUGUAGGUUGAUAAGCAGUUUACAGAGGUAAAACAAUAUGUUGUUGAGUUUGAAUGAACUAAGGUCUGCAGGAAUCAAGUCUGAUAAAUUCAAUGAAGAUCGGAAGAAUGAUUCACGGUCUGCGGAUGAUUUAUUGCAAACACCAAAUGAAAGCAAGACAUGUGAACAAAUUCCUAAUGAACCUAUCAAAGUGAAGGAUGAAUUGUCUCGUGAUAUGGCUUUUGAAAUGGAUGGUAAUGUUACAUUAACUUGAUAAGAAUUUUUUAAUCCCUAAUACAUAGAGUUCUAUAUUAUAAAUGUAACAAACUGAUCUCUAUAUGACUUUUUAGAAAGUAUUUAUAUGUAUAGUGUAUGGUGACAUUAGUGGUGCAAAAUCAAGCGAUUAUCUUUCUCCUUUGAAAAAAUUAUCAUUUUUUACUGAGUCAUAGCACCAAAAUUCGAAUCUCAAAUUUUAUCACCAGCCAUCUUUGAUAAAUCUCCACUGAUAAUGCACCAACAUUAUGGUUCUACCCAUGAAAAAUACAUCAUUUACUUCAACAAAAAACAUCCAUUUGAAGACUAUGUUGGAUUUGAGGUUUCAGAUAUACUGGUUGACCAAUUUACAGAUUGGAGUUAUGCGAAGAAAGUGCGUGAAAGCAUGUAGAUGUUAUCAUGUACUAUUUGCAAAAAAAAAAGCAAAGUAUAGUAUGAUGAAGCCGAUAACAUAUACCACAACUGAUGUUUGGUUCAUUAAGUGGGUUUGUGCAAUUGAGCAACAGUGGUUGAGUGCGAAGAAGGAUAUGAGAUACAUCUCUCCUAAACACUAUGUUGGUCAGUAUAUUAGGGGGUUUAAGAUGCUUGCGAAUGUAUCUUGGGAUAUUGUGUACAACAUCAUUAUUCCAGUUAAUGUUAGUGAAUCAUUCCAUUGGAUUAUGAUUUUGUUUCGCAUUAGACACAGGUGUCUAUAUGUGUAUGAUUCAUUUAUUGGAGGUGCUCUGAACACCAAGAAUGUUCAUCGACAUGUCCAAUCACUUGCUACCAUCAUACCGUUAUUUUUGUUUGCCACUGACUUCUAUCGUAAACGAGCUGAUAUUUGUUAGGAUAGAGAGCCUGCAUAUAUUGACAAGUCCAUGACCGAUCCACUUAAGUAUGUUAUUGUAAGGAACAUUCCUCAACAGGCUCUACAAUCUAAGUACGUAUAUUUAUAUUAUUUGGAUUACAAUUUUAUAAUUAUACAUUGUAAUGUACUAACUUUUUUUUAUUAUUAUUUUUACAAUGAUUGUGGUAUGUAUGUGUGUGCAUUUGCUGAGUUUAUUAGUCAUGAAUUGUUUGAUAUUUCAACCAAAAUAUUUAAUGCUACCAAUCAUCGUAUGAGAUAUGGUAUGUUACUUUGGGAUUAUGCCAGAAAAAAGCAAAACGAUGGUGCUAUAAGCGAAAGCGAGGUGACAGGCAAUGUUACAAGCAGACUAGGGGAUCCAAAAAUAUUGAGAGAUGUUGUUAGUCCAGUUGUCACUAUA